AUGGGGAUCUUUAAAUUCCAGGCCUUGCUUAUCGCCGUGUGGUACAUUUCUUCGGUACUAGCAUUGGUUAUUGAACAAGAUACAGUUGUUGACUCCCCUGUCAAUUUGGACAUUGGAAGCCUCACGGUCAAUGAGGGAGUGAGUUACACUGUCAAAAACAACCUCCUUACUGCUCUUGCUGGCAAUUUGGACAACAAGGGAAGCUGGUUUGUCACUUCCACUAAUGGUUUGGCUGCUUCUGUCACUAUCGCUUCUGGUACCAUCCUUAACUCCGGUGACCUUGUCUUCGAUACAUUGCAAGCCAGUGUUAUCAGUAACUACAACUUGGACUCGAUUGGAACGUUUUCCAAUACGGGAAAUAUGUGGAUUGGUAUCAGUGCCUUCUCCUUGGUGCCACCAAUUAUUCUCGGUUCUGCUUUGGAUUGGUCAAACUCUGGUAGGAUCUAUCUUAAGCAAGAGAACGGGGCUCCUUCCCCGAUAACCAUUUCUCAAGUACUUGGCACCAUCGAAAACGAUGGUACCAUCUGUCUUGAACGUACCAACUGGGUUCAGACAACUACCAUCACUGGUUCUGGUUGCGUGAAUGUGAAGGAUGACGGCCACCUUCAGCUUGAGAUCACUCCUUGGUCUGUUUCUGACGAUCAGACAAUCUAUCUUUCUUCACCCUCGUCGGCCUUGUCUGUCCUUGGUUUGGAACCUAGUCUUUUGGGUGCAAAGACGUACAAUGUUCUUGGUUUUGGUGGUGGUAACGAAAUCAGAGUUAACACCGGCUUCACAGACUAUCUGUACAACGACGGCGUCUUGUCACUUUCGUUCUUCCUUGGUGUCUUCAGUAUUGACUUCCGUAUUGGUGAGGGCUACUCCGAUUCCGAUUUCUCUACCAACGGUAUUGGACGUGGCGGCACAAGUAUCUCCUACAGUGGAGACUAUCCUGGUGAAGUCCCAGAGCAAUGUUUGUGUGAGGACUUCCCAGCACCACCUGAGGAAACCGACACCAGCUCUGUGGUACCACCUGAGACUUCUGAGCCUGAGUCCUCUUCUACAGACGAUACAUCCGAGCCUAACACCACUUCUGAGCCGGAACCUACCUCCGAGCCAGACUCCUCCUCUGAGCCAGACCCCUCUGAACCCGAGCCAACCUCGGAGCCAGAGACAUCGGAAACCGACACAGCUCUGGAGACUGAUAACUCUUCAAGCACAGACGAACCCUCUGAGACAGACAGCAUCUCUGACUCUGACUCUGACUCUGCCACCGAUACUGGCUCUGCCACCGAUACUGGCUCUGCCACCGAUACUGGCUCUGCUACCGACACUGGCUCUGCUACCGACACUGGCUCUGCCACCGAUACUGGCUCUGCCACAGAUACUGACUCUGCCACCGAUACUGGCUCUGCCACCGAUACUGGCUCUGCCACCGAUACUGGCUCUGCUACCGACACUGACUCCGCUACCUCAGGUCCUGACGACACUGGGAAGCCUACCAAAACCUCUGAUGAUGGAAAGAAAACCACAACUGUGACAGAGUGCACUGAGACCGACGGUAAGGUUGUUACCAAGACCGUCAUCAUCUGUGAGACUACCGAGCCAAACGGUCAUCCAACCACCAUCACCACUUUACCUCCUCGUACUACCACAUAUGUCACCCAUCAGAAGACCAUCACCGAGGUGGUUUGUGAAAAGGUUGUGGAAGGUACCAUCAUUAUCUACACCACUGUCACCACCAAGGAGCCAUUGGUGACCCAGAAGCCUGGUGACCACAAGCCAGCCCCUUCAACUGUUGCAGGUGUGCCAGUCACUGAUACCACUCAGACUAUUCAAACGACGGCUUACGUUUCGACUUAUGAAGGCGGAGCUCCUCUUGCGAGAUUCGGCUUUCGGUGGCUUCUUUCGCUUGCUCUUCUCGUCGUGUUGUGA